CUAAUGAACUGUCUGCUGCAGGAGGCAGUGGGUUGUAUGGCACAUGAUUUGCCCAGAGAAAAAAGGUGACUCUACAAGCACCAAAUCUAAAAGUAAACACACAGCUUGCUCGGUAAUUAUAGCCAUCAAGCCAAAAACAUUAUCUCUCUCUCUCUGUCAGAUCCUUGUUUGCUCAAGUUGAAAGAAAAAGAAAAGGCUUUUGCUUGAAUAGAAACAAAGAGAUAAAAUCCCAAAUCCAAAAUCAGUCUUCCUCAUCCUCCUUUUCAUUCCUUUUCACCUUCCAAAACCUUUGGGUAUGAUUUGAGUAAACCAGACAAAGGUUUCCUUAUUCUCCAUUUUCUAUUCACUCCCAGCAAAUUUGCUCCUUUUUCAUGCUUUUUCUCUUUCCCAUCUCUCUUUGAUUAGAGUUAGGCCCAUUACAAUGAUGGCCUCGCAUGGACCUUUUGUUUUGGUUGGUAAUGCAGUGGAGUGAAUGGUCUUUACUGUUUCUUCCUUGACAAAUGUGGGAAAGUGAAGGAAAAAUAAGUAAAAUCCAAGUCAUUUUUUUUUCUUGAGGUUUUUUCUUUUUGGUUUUUACCCAAUUAUAUAUUUUCGCUCCUGGGUUGUUGCUGCAUUUAGGCUAACAAUGAGGAAGCAUGGAUGGCAACUUCCCUAUCACCCCCUUCAGGUGGUGGCUGUUUCUGUGUUUCUUGCUUUGGGGUUUGCUUUUUAUGUGUUCUUUGCUCCAUUUGUUGGGAAGAAGGUAUUUCAAUAUAUUGUGAUGGGAAUCUACACUCCUUUGAUUACAUGUGUCUUUGGCCUAUAUAUUUGGUGUGCGGCGGCUGAUCCUGCAGACCCUGGAGUUUUUAGGUCCAAAAAGUAUCUCAACGUUCCACAUGAUGGAAAGCAUGCCCAACAAAAGGAUUCUAAACUAGGUGUAGGAGGGGAGUCAACUUCAUCAAUGCAUGAUGCAAAUGCUUCCACUGUCGAGGGUAAAUCUCCAAAUAAGGGAUCAGAGGUUGCAGAUGCAACUCUGAAAAUGUCCAAUACUGAUUUUGAGCAGAAGAAUGCAACAUCAGGAAAUUCAUCUUGCCUCCUUUGGGCUUUGUUUCCAUGUGCUCUUAUAUGCAAUUUGUGUGGUUCGCUUGAUGAAUCUUCAUCACAACAGAUGAGUGAAGAUGGCAUGUUCUAUUGCAGUUUGUGUGAAGUUGAGGUUUUCAAGUACAGCAAGCACUGUAGAGUUUGUGAUAAGUGUGUGGACUGUUUUGAUCAUCACUGCAGGUGGCUUAACAACUGUAUAGGCAAGCGGAAUUACAGACAGUUUUUCACCCUAAUGGUUUCUGCUCUCCUCUUGCUUAUUCUACAAUGGACAACUGGAAUCCUUGUACUUGUAUGCUGUUUUCUUGAGCGGAAGCGAUUCUCUGUGGAUAUCUCCUCCAAAUUAGGAAGCAGUUUCUCUUUGGUCCCAUUUGUUAUUGUUGUGGCACUGUGCACCAUUUUGGCUAUGAUUGCCACCCUGCCACUUGCUCAGCUUUUCUUCUUUCAUAUCCUCCUCGUUAAGAAGGGAAUCAGCACAUAUGACUACAUUGUAGCCCUAAGGGAGCAGGAGCAGGAGCAACAAGGAGUUGGAGGCCAGCAGAGCCCCCAGAUGUCUCCUGCCAGUUCACUUACUGGAUUGAGCAGUGCAAGCUCCUUUUCUACUUUCCACCGUGGCGCAUGGUGUACACCACCUCGCCUGUUUGUGGAAGAUCAGUUUGACGUUGUUCCUCCGGAGACUGGAUCUGUCAGUUCCUUGGGAAAAAAGACAGCCAGAGAGGAGCCAAUCAGGAAAAAGAACUCAGCAGCAGUAAAGAUCAGCCCAUGGACAUUGGCCCGAUUAAAUGCAGAAGAGGUUUCAAAAGCUGCAGCAGAGGCAAGAAAGAAGUCCCGAAUCCUGCAACCUGUGGUGAGACGGGAAGCCCCAUUUGGGCUAGAAGGAGUCAGUAGCAUUGACAGCAAUGGCCACCGGAUGGUCCCAAGGCCUGACAAUAAUAGAAGGAGAGUUAAUAAGAGAGUACGCCUCCCAGCUGACAUUCCUAUGGAGCCUGUAACCAAGGUUUCUGGUAUGGCUGCCGAGACGGGUUUCUCUGGGACAUCAACAAAUUUGGCUCCUCUUCAACUGGAGGCAAGAAGUGCUUUCCAAAUUAGCCGAGCAAUGUCAAGCUCGCCAGGAGUUGUCGCUUCUUCUCCAGAAAGCAGUUUAGAAUCGCCUGAUAUCCACCCAUUUCGCGUUUCAUCAUCAGGAGCUGAAGAGUCUAGGAGGCUCACAGGUCUAUCAGUUGCAGGUGCUGCUUCUCACAGUGGAAUCCCACUAUCCAGGUCCACUAGUGAUGGAUAUGAAGCAUCCGGAGGGGAAGAUAGCGACAGAGUGCCUCCUAGACUUGUCCAGAGGUCGACAAACUGGAACCUUCUCUUCCAUCCUGAUCAGGAUGAGAGUGUUGUUAGAUUGAAAGCAUCAUCAUCUUCAUCUAGCCAGGCUAACAACAGGAAGCUUUGACUCGAAAAACAUUUGGAGGACUACUAGCCUAACGGGCUAAUCACGUUGCUCAUUGAUUUGGCAUUUAAGUUUGGAAUGUGGAAACAAGGCUUGAAGAAGAGGACAAGACAAUGGUGUAAAGAGGUUCCAAUUGUUUGUGUUUCUUGAGCCACAACCUCAGCUCUCAUGAGGUCUCUUUGUAGCCUUUGGUCCCUGGCUCUUGCACUUGGGACUCACAGUCACAGGCUGACAAAUUGGUUGUGUUGUUUAUAUUACUCUCAUUUGUAAUCAUUUGAUGGGCUUUUGUUAGGAUGAGUUCAUAUGGAUGGCUUUUGUUGAACAUUUUGCUUCUUCUCUCUGAAAAGCGCUUUGGCCAUUUUAAUUUUUA